UGUCGACAUUCAGUCCACGCUAAACCCUCGACAAGGCAACAGCCCAGUGCACCCGGAAGCGAAUUUCCACGAGCAGAAAGUUUCGUCGAAAAGCGUACAAGUUUUCCCGCCAAAUGUGACACUUCUAUAUAAAUAUAUUUUUUUUUGGAAACCACAAAACAAAAAAAGACCAAAAGUGCAUCAAGUGAAGCGAGAGAGAGAAAUUCGAAAUAUAUUCAAUAAACAAUGGCCAUUGCAUAUUUCAUACCCGACCAGGCCCAACUGCUGGCCAGAAGCAAUCAGCAAAGUGCUCAACAGGCCGCCGCCUCAACAGGAGCCGUGCCCCAGCAGCCAGGACAACAGCCAGGACAACAGGCAGGACAACAGCAGGCAGGACAACAGGCACCGCAGCCGCAGACGAGUCAGCAGCGACAGCAACGUCCACAGUUCCGUGCCAACAUAUCCGUGCCUCUGGGCCGGCAGCAGGGAGCCAUGAGCAUGUCCGAGUUCGGCUGCUGGGACCUUCUGGCCCAGAUCUUCUGCUAUGCCCUCAGAAUCUACAGCUACAACUCCAGCCAGCGCCGGCCCACGGUUAUUCAGAUCUCCUUCGAGAUCAGGAGUGGCGGCCAGGAGGAGGAGCAGCAGCAGGAGGAGGAUCAGGAGGAGCACCAGGCGGAUGCGACUGAUGCCACAGGCAAGGGCAACUGAACGCCUGGCAACGGCAACGGGAACGGGACGGUGGAACACUAAAGCGAGAUUCUCUUUAGUUUCGGUGGCGGCAGGCUCAAUCAAAGCGCAUUGUGAUUUUUUUUUUUUUUUUGGGAAUUGGACAGGACACGCGACGGUGGUGGAGUUUUGUAAAAAAAAAAAAA